AUGGCGUCUCAGUCGUUCUCACAGACCUUUGGGAGCACCAGCUCAGGUGCCAAUGUGGAUACGAGCUCAGGAGGCGCUGGCAUGUCCAAUUACGCGGAAGAGAAAGCAAAAUGCGCCGAAUUUCUGUUGAAUUUCAAGUCGAACCUGGACGACCCGGCGCUGGGUCCCAAAUACGCGCUAAUGCUGCAAGAGGUGGCGAAUCGGGAACGGACGUCGAUUCCGAUUUCCUUGGACGACGUGGAGAUUUUUGACAAGGACGACGCGACCUUUGUGAGUCGAAUCGUGCGUAACGCCCGACGAUAUAUUUCGCUUCUUUCAGACGCUGUGGACGAAAAUUUACCACCUCCAACACGAGACAUUUCUGAUUCGCAAGAUGUGCUAGACGUGCUACGAAUUUCUCGUGCUCAGGAAUUGGCACAGCUGCAACAGAUUAAUGACAAUGAAAUUGAUGGCAGUCAAUCGAUAUCAAGUGGGAAUGCUGCUAAUAUUUUUCCUUCUGCGUUGAUGCGACGCUUUGAAGUGCAUUUAAUUCCCGGUGUCAAGCUAAAAGCUGUACCUAUCCGACAAGUUAAGGCAGCAAAAGUUGGAGCUCUUGUACGUAUCAAGGGAAUGGUGACUCGUGUGUCAACAGUAAAGCCGCUGUUGACGGUGGCAACAUAUACGUGCGAAGCGUGUGCUUAUGAGGUGUAUCAGGAAGUAAAGGCUCGACAGUUUAACCCACUGACUCAGUGUCCUAGUGAACGCUGUCAAACGAAUAAAGCUCAGGGCCGUUUGAUUUUGCAAACGAAGGCAUCUAAGUUCGACAAGUAUCAGGAAGUCAAGUUUCAGGAACUACCUGACCAAGUGCCAAUGGGACACAUCCCUCGGUCACUUACCGUGUAUUUGCGUGGUGAGCUCACGCGGACGUGCGAGCCUGGCGCUCUGGUCACAAUCUGCGGUGUAUUCUUACCUUUGCCGUACUCACCGCAACGACAAAUGCAAAUGGGACUUGUCACGGAAACAUAUCUGGAAGCAACAGAUGUAGUGAAUCACAAAAAACGGUAUUCUGCGAUGGAAUCAUCAGAAGCCAUGGAAAGUGCCGUGCUGCGGUUACAAGAAGGCUCCGAGAAUGUGUACGAGGUGCUGUCACAAUCAUUGGCACCGGAAAUCUAUGGCCACGAAGACGUGAAGAAAGCGCUACUGUUGCUGCUUAUAGGUGGUGUUACGAAGCGCAUGGAUGAGGGUAUGAAGUUGCGUGGCGAUCUGAAUGUGUUGCUCAUGGGAGACCCUGGUGUAGCUAAGUCGCAGCUGCUGAAGCACAUUGCAACUGUGGCUCCGCGAGGCAUAUACACGACAGGAAAAGGUAGCUCUGGUGUUGGAUUGACAGCUGCGGUGGUGCGUGAUGCGACGACAAAAGAGAUGACUCUCGAAGGUGGUGCUCUUGUUCUAGCGGAUAUGGGAAUCUGCUGCAUUGAUGAGUUCGAUAAAAUGGAGGAGGGUGACCGAACGGCUAUCCACGAGGUCAUGGAGCAGCAGACAGUGAGUAUUGCCAAAGCAGGCAUCACAACGACGCUUAACGCGCGCUCGUCCGUGCUUGCAGCUGCAAACCCUAUUUAUGGUCGUUACAACAAGAAGCUCAGCGCGUCGCAAAACAUUAAUCUUCCCAAUGCGCUGCUGUCUCGUUUCGACCUCCUAUUUUUGUUGCUGGACGUCGCCAACUACGAGAAAGAUGAAGCGCUAGCACGCCACGUUACGUAUGUGCACCGCUUUUCCCGCAACCCUGCAAUGAAGUUCGAGCCUGUGAGACCUGAAGUGCUGCGCUACUUCAUUGCAAUUGCAAAGCAAUAUCAGCCCAAUAUCCCAGAGCACCUUUGCGGAUAUAUUGUUGAGGCUUAUGUCACACUACGUCAGCAGGAUGCGAACGAACAUGCUCGCGAGAGACAACAGCAGCAAUUUCGCCAACGACAGUAUGGCGAUGGCGGCGCUAAUGACGCACAGACAGCGAUGACGGCUCGUCAGCUACUGAGCAUAUUACGACUUUCGCAAGCACUUGCACGAUUGCGUUUUUCCACGGAAGUAAUUCACCAGGACGUUGACGAAGCCAUUCGACUAGUGUAUGUGUCCAAGGCGUCGUUGUCUGAGCAAGAUGAUACAAACGGUACUGGAAAUACUGCCAAAGCGGGCACUACAAACAGAGGUGUUCGUAGCAGCGGGUCCUCUGAUGCCACGUCAAAAAUCUUUCGUUUAUUGCUGGAAUUUGCUACGGAUCGUAAUUUGAAAGUUCUCGCAAUGAGUGACCUGGAACCGGUAGUAUUGCGCAAGGGCUUCACUUCUCAGCAACUGAAUGCUUGCAUUGGAUACUACCAGGAACUAGAGGUUAUGCAGUUGUCUAGUAAUGGCACCCGAUUAACUCUCAUUUGA